AUGGCGUCUCAGGGUGACAGUCAGGAGAGUUUCCAGCAAUCCGCGCAGACGGUAGGCACCGAAAUUCAUGGACCCUCCAUCAAACUCAGCAGAGUGAGCACUGACGCGCAGCCCGCGCCUGACAGUCUACAGCAGGCACCAGCAGGCUGUACAGAAACGACAGCUGCACAUGAGGGCACAGCAAAUACAGCCCACGGCGUUGGGCUUCCUGAGGUCAGACCACCAGCAGCAGAGGAGCCCCUCAGAGAACAGCCUUCACUGCACGUUCCACCUGUGGAGGAAGCUUUCUUGCCAGCAGAGGAGCCUGCCCGCUUGGACCAGCCAUCCAGGGCGCCACUUGCUUGGCCAACAGAAGCUGGGAGAGAUCCUGCACCAGAAGCACCUGGGGUCCCAAACAGCUUGGUGACCGCGGAUAGCCAUUCCAGUACCCCACCAGCACAGAGCAUGUCACACUCGCUGCCAGGGGGCCACAGCCAGAGUGGGCUGGAGCCACCAGCCAUGCCAGCACCAACAGGGGAGGUGGCCGAUGCGCAGUCUGAGGGUGCGCACAGAGGAGAAACUGUAACAGAGGAGGAGGGUGCAAGCUUCCCAGGUGCCGUGCAAGGAGCACUGUCUGCAGAUGCAGAACCCAGCGAGGCAUGCAGCGCCAUCCAGCAUGCACCAGACAUGGCUGCAAGCCAUGGGUACAGGGGCGAGCCGGAGACGGAGUGCGCUCAGACAGGGCAGCAGUCAGCUGGUGGCGACCCUCUUCCUGAGCCCAAAUGCUCUCUCAGUCAACCGAGCGAGGGAGCAGCAGGCCCAAUCAUCGAGCGAGGCGCUGGCAAAGCAGAGGAGUUCGGAUCAGAUAGGCAAAGGCCAGAUUCUCUGCCAGAGGAGCAGACAGCUGGAAGUGGCAGCGUGGGGCGCGAACAAGCAUUGGGAGCCGCACUUGUGCCAGUGGACGCAGAGCAGCAACGUCCGCCAGCACUGCCGGAUGAAGGGCAAGCAGCACCGGGCGCAGCAGAAGCCGAUGAGGAGCCAGAUGUCGAUAGCUUGCCAUCGGCAGCUGAGUCAGCCCUUGAGGCAGCACCGGAGGUGCACGCGGCAGCACAAGCUUCAUCGCAGACAGACAGGGUCACUGUCACUGCAAUGCUUCCCAGCCUUCCCCUUCCUCCGCGUGUCCCGCCCUUCCAAACGCAGUCCUUCCUUCGACCCUCCAAGGCGCCCAUCAUCGCCCCACAUGCGCCCGCAGAGUUCAGCCUAGCAGCAGUGCCAGCAGAGGAGGCGGCCACAUCUCCCGAUGCAGAGAAGCACCUGUUUACACAUGAGGCUGUCAGCGAGGGGCCUGUGGAAUCAGAGGCUGCGGAUAGCAGUGAGGCAGCAGCGCCGGACUCUGCCGCCACGGAGGCAGAUCUGCUGGCUCUGGCAGAGGAGGUGGAACGGCUGGAACAGGAGCUGGAAAGAGCGCAGGACUCAGCAAAGAGCGCAGCUAGGCAGGCAGACGCGGCACGCACGGACGCUGAGUCAGCUCGCGCUGAGGCGGCUGAGUGGCGUGAGCGGGAAGCUGAUGCGCGGGCUGAGCUUGCAGCGAUCCGGGAGGCAUACACGGAGGUGAGGGGGGAGGCGGAAGCCGCCAGGCAGGAGCUGCAGCAGCUGCAGGACGCGCACAGAGCGCUGCAGGAGCAGACGUCCACCGCCCUGCAAGAGGCGCAUGCAAAGGAGGGUGGCAAGAUGCGGAUGCGGCUGGAGAGGGCGGAGCGCGCCAUCGAGCAGGAGCGCGCCACAGUCCGAGAGCUGCAGCGCGCACUGGGGGCAGCACGCCAGGUCAGCCCAGCAGUGUCGCCGAGGAAGGAUGGCGGCCAGGCGCGGGCGGCCCUGGCAGCUGCACAGAAGGAGCUGGCGGACACCCGCGCCGCUCUGGAUGCCCAAAAGCUGACCAACAGUGGCCUGCAGGCAAGGCUUCUCCGUGCUUGUCCUAUCCGGGUGACGGAGCUUCUCAGGUCCGCAGAGGAGGUGGCGCAGCUGCGCGGCACAUGCGAAGAGCUCAGAAGCCGGUGUGAAGUCGUCCAGAGCAGCGAAGAUCACACCAAGCAGCUCGAAGCAACGGUGGAAACGCUGCGGGCGCAGAACAACUCCCUCCAUGUGACGAUGGAGCGGCUGCUGGGCGCCAACAGCGAGCUGGGGACCAAGCUCAACUCGCAGGCCGCCCACAUCAGCUCGCUGGAGGCCCUUCUUGCUGAAGCCCGCGCAAAGAGCCCUGCUGCACCUGCUACGGAUGAGCCUGCAGGCGGUGUGCGCUUUUCGGAGAGUGAUCUGGAGCUGCUAGCCCUUGCAGAGUAUGUGAAGGAGCUGGAGACCGCCCUGGAGAAGCAGCGUGCGCUGUCAGCUUCUCAGCAGCAGGCGACACCCGCUCAGUCACAUCCGGGCUCAGAAGCUGGCGGCAGCAGUGGCGGCUCAGGCGCGCAGCUCAGCAAGAGUGGUGAAGCAAUUACUGUUCAGAUUGAACAUGGGCUUUCGCCAUCCGUGAGACCUGUAGAUGAGACAAAGGAAGGCCAGGAAAAUGGCCCUGAUGUGCUGGAGAGCACUGCUCCAGUGAGAAAAAAGAGCGUGACAUGGUGGGGGUACAUCACUGGAGCGGAUAGGGCGACACCGGUCAAAAGGAGCAGAUGA